AUGGACGAUACUAACGAAUCGGAGGUUCGGGAUCUGGGUCCUGGUCAGUUUUCACGUAUGUUUUGGGAAAUCCGGAUUCCAAAGCUGAGCGAGGCACCUUUCAUGUCAGUCAUAUGCGGAGAUAUGUUCCACCGAGUGGAUAAGCGAAAUGAAGCUCCUGCGCGUUCCAAAAUUUAUGGAAGUCCAAGAGCUUGGGGGACAGAUGAAAUAUAA